CUCCGCGGCUCCGGCUCCGCGGCGCCCUCGCCGGUGCGCGCCGCCCGCCCGCCGCCCGCGCCCGCCCGCCGGCACUCCGGCCUCGCGCGCUUCAUGGCUGCGCAGGAGUGGGACUGGUUCCAGCGCGAGGAGCUCAUCGGGCAUAUCAGCGACAUCCGAGUCCAGAACCUGCAAGUCGAGAGGGAAAAUGUGCAAAAGAGGACUUUCACGCGUUGGAUGAAUCUGCACCUGGAAAAGUGUGACCCACCUCUAGAAGUUAAAGACCUGUUCCUUGAUAUACAAGAUGGCAAAAUCCUCAUGGCUUUGUUAGAAGUCCUGUCUGGACGCAGUCUGCUGCAUGAAUACAAAUCCUCAUCGCAUCGUAUUUUCCGGUUGAAUAACAUAGCCAAAGCACUUAGGUUUUUGGAAGAUAGUAAUGUCAAACUAGUUAGCAUCGAUGCAGCAGAAAUAGCGGACGGCAAUCCAUCUUUGGUUCUUGGGCUAAUAUGGAACAUAAUCCUUUUCUUCCAGAUUAAGGAGCUCACGGGCAACCUCAGCAGAAACUCUCCGUCAUCCAGCCUGUCCCCCGGCUCAGGGGGCACCGACUCAGACUCCUCCUUCCCCCCAACACCCACCACCGAGAAGAAUGUGGCUAUAACUGUCAAGGACCAGAGAAAAGCCAUCAAGACGCUGCUGGCCUGGGUGCAGAGGAAGACCAGGAAGUAUGGAGUGGCAGUGCAGGACUUCGCGGCCAGUUGGAGAAGCGGGAUGGCUUUCUUGGCCAUCAUCAAAGCCAUCGACCCAAGCCUGGUGGACAUGAAGCAGGCCCUGGAGGACUCCCCACGGGAAAACCUGGAGAAGGCCUUUAGCGUCGCACACGAGGUGCUGCACAUCCCAAGGCUGCUGGACCCAGAAGACAUCAUGGUUGACUCGCCGGAUGAGCAGUCCAUCGUGACCUAUGUGGCUCAGUUUCUAGAACGUUUUCCGGAGUUGGAAGUUGAGGACUUCCUGGAGUCAGAGAAGGAAAUGCCCAUUGAGUCCACCUUUGUCCGUAUCAAAGAGACCCCUUUGGAACAGGAGAGCAAAAUCCUGGUUGUGACUGAAAAUGGGGCAUGCGCCUACACGGUGAGCCACGACACUAGCCACCCGCCACCCCCCAAGGUCUUUGUCUGCGACUCGCCCGAGAGUGUCAAGGGCGUGUGUGUGGACAGGAGUCGUUCCUUGGCUGACAGCUCCUCCGACUUCGUGCACCGCAUCAUUGACCAGGUCUUCCAGGGAAGCCCCGGGAAGACGAGCAGCCCAGGCGAGCCGCCUCUGGAAUCGUCCAUCUUAGCCACCCGGAAGGAUGGCCGCAGGUCCAACUCACUGCCCAUCAAGAAAACCGUCCACUUCGAGGUGGACCUGUACAAGGAUGCCUCCUGCAGUAAAGACCCUCUCUACAGCUCAGACCUGCGCUUCGAAGGGACCCUGCAGGCUGCCAAGGGGUCAGCCACAGAGGACAAGCAACAAGUGGCCAAUGCCCCGGAGGUAGCCUCCAAUGGGAUCCCUGAAGAUGCCUCUGUGGCCACUGGGUUCCUCAGCAGCUCCCAGCCGUCCCAGAGUUCCUCUCCCUGUAAUGAUGUCAUGGAGAGCCCAGCCAGCCCUGGUAAAGAAAGCCAUUCUCCUGCGCCCCCUACGGAAGACUCACCGAUGGCCAGCCCCUUGCAGAUCCAGGCAGAGCAGCAGCUGGCUGUGGAAGCUAUGGACGGAGAUGACUCUUUCGACAGUGUACCGCUGAAAACCUCAAAAUUUAACAGGGACCUGGUGGAAUUCGCUUCUACGAGCCAAACUUUUGGCGAGGGCUCUUCGCCUCCCGAGAAGACACCUGCUGGAGAUGAAGGCGCUGAGACGCAGGAGGACAAAACAGGCAAGAGGAGAGCUAAGUCUGCCUGCAAAAGGAAAGAGCCUUCUGAGUGCCCAGAGGAGGCCAGUGACCAUGGCCCUCCCGGGGAGGCAGGACCAGAAGCCCCAAGCUCCUCCUUGGCCCCAGAGGAGGCAGUGGUACACAAGCCAGAAGUAUAUGAGAAGGCCAAAAGAAAAUCCGUCUGUCACCAUCGCCACUCUGGGGAGGAGGAGGAGGAAGAGGAGGAGAAGGAAGCUGAAGGCCAGCAGGGGGCUGAUGCCGAGCUGCCUUCAAACCCCGCGAGCAGCAGUGUCAGCCUGGAGACCCUGGGGACCCCCAGCAAGGAACGCGUGGACUUCGCCCCCUCGCCGCCCCUGUCCAAGGUGUCCGUCAUCCCCCAUGACCUCUUCUAUUACCCGCACUACGAAGUUCCCCUUGCCGCGGUGCUGGAGGCCUAUGCGGAGGGCGCUGAGGACUUGAAGAUGGAGGAAAUGGAUCUGGAAGAGCCAGAGGAGGCUCAUCUGCAUGACCCUGAGCCCAGGGAGCAGGCUGAGGGCUCCCCAAACAGAUGCAACUUCUCAGGGCCCGGGAUCAGCAGCCUGGGGCCAGGUCCUGGCAGGGGUGCCAGCCCAGCUUUGGACCCCACUCCUCCAGACCCCCAUGAGGACCACCAGCCGAGGGCAACUGAAAAGAGUGACCCUGUACAGAGCCAGCAGGUACCAGAGUGCCAGGAAUCCCCAAACUUGGAACCCGUAGCCAGCCCGUCAGAAGCGAAGGCAGUGGGAGAAUCAGUCAGCAGUAAGAAGAAGGAGAAGCGGAAGCAUGUAGAUCACGCGGAAAGCUCGUUGUCGGUAGUGGCUGGCACUGUGCAAUCCUCCGAUGACCUGGACGAGGAGCUCCGAGACUGCAGGGUCCCUUCCAGGACUAGUCACAGUGACUCCAGCAUUUACAUUCGGCGACAUACUAAUAGGUCUUUGGAAUCGGAUCAUUUUAGCUAUGUUCACUCGAGGAACGCAGCAGAUCUGGAUGACAGGAGAAACCGAAUACUAAGCAGGAAAGCCAACAGCUCUGGAGAGGCAGCGGUGCUGGGGGCACAGAGCCCACACGACGACUCGCUGACACAGCUGGUGCAGCAGCCUGACCUGGUGUAUUUCAUCCUCUUCCUGUGGCUUCUGGUUUACUGCCUGCUGCUCUUCCCACAGCUGGAUGUCAACAGACUCUGACGUGUGUCGGGAUAAUAAAGCGACAAGACCCUGA